AUGGCGGAUAGCAAUGAUGGGCAAGACCAUCUCAACGGCCACAGUGGCUUCAUCUUAGCUGUCUUCUGUGUGGUUUCCGUCUUUGUCAUCUGGCCCGUCAAAAUCCCACUGUUGAAACCAAUCCAACGGCCGCUUCUUCGUUUUCUCCAGAAAACACGCAUCAUCGGCCACAGAGAGACCGAAGCACUUUCGAAUCGCAGCCUCUAUUUCUCUCUGUCUCUUUUGACAGCUCCCCUCAUCGGCGUCAUUCUGCUGCUGGCAACGACAACCAUCAACGGGAGUACGAUAAGACUCGGAAUUGUUGGUGACGAGACUAUUAAACCAUAUGAUGUUCUCGUUCUCUUCGUCUCCCUUGCCUAUAUCGCUAUAGCGCUCGAUGGGACUGGUGCGCUCGAGGCUAUAGCCUUCUACGUCUCGAAACGUGGUGGAAGCUCCGGAAUUUUACUCUUCACUUACCUCUAUGCAUUCUUUUUACUGACGGCGUGUAUCGUUGGGAACGACCCUCUCAUCCUAUCUGGAACUCCUUUUCUUGCUUAUCUGACAUACCACACUGGCUUGGAGCCAAGUGCUUGGGUUUUCAGCGAGUUUAUGGCGGCAAAUACUGCAUCCGCUGUUUUGGUCUCCUCUAACCCGACAAACAUUCUCAUCACUGGAAGUUUUGGCCUUAAUUUCCUGACUGGAUUCACAAAAUGGACAAUCCUGCCCUCCCUUAUCCCGGCAGCGCUAAAUUAUCCCGUUAUACUUGCCAUGUUCUGGAACCGCAUACCAAAGACGAUCACACCUCUGACCGAGGACCCCUGGUCGAAGCUCCGUGACCGCAUGGGCGCAAUAUUUUUGAGCACUCUCCUCCUAGUGACAGUCGCUGUCCUCGUGGGCACGAGUUUCGUACCAGCGCACGCAGUAGAAGUCUGGAUGGUUACAGCCCCUGCAGGGAUACUCGGCUUUCUGUGGGAUCUUGGAUCCGACUGGUUCAGACCACAUCAGAAGAAGCAAAAUCUCAUUCGACGGGAAUCCACCGAUCAUGUCGCUGAGAUGCAGAGGGUCAGUCGCACCGAGUCCAACACCAGUCAGAGAGUUCCAGUACAAUCUCCGCAGCUCGAAAAGCCGCCACCCUCACACGAACCAGCGAGUUCGCCCGACGGAAAAUCUACCGAGCCAAAAUCCGAGAAAACCCUGCUGUCGCUGUUUCGCUGGCUUGGUCGUCGGUUUCCAGCAACAUCGAGAACAAUCCAACGUCUCCCAAUCCCGCUUCUACCAUUCGCCAUGUGUGAGUUCAUUCUUGUUCGUGGUCUUGCUCAGCGUGGUUGGAUCUCUGUCUUCGCCUCUGGCUUUGCCAAUGCCUGCACAACACCUGCGCGCACGGUAUUUUUCAUGGGAUUCGUCUCGGCUGCUUUCCUCUGUCCUCUCGCUGGUACCAACAUUGGUGCAACUAUCAUCCUAGUGGAAAUUCUACGAGAUUCAAAAUUCUCACAAUCCGAGGCUGUUCUCGGCGAUGAAAGAGUCCUCCUUGGCGCCAUUUAUGCCGUGGCUAUGGGAAGCAAUAUUGGAGCUUUCAGUUAUACUUUCGCCGGGAGUUUGGCUGGCCUUCUCUGGCGUGGUUUACUCUCCGACAAGGGCAUACAUAUUUCCCAGCUGAAAUUUGCCAUGGUGAAUGCGAUUCCCUUGCUCAUGCAGAUUACAGUGUCGUCGGCAAUCAUACUGGGACAAUUAUAUUGGUUUGCUUGA